GGAAAGAUGUUCUUCGUGGCAGGGGCCAGAAAUACAGCUGGAUCAGGAGGAGGAAAUGAAAGGAGAUCGAUCUACCAGAAAUUCCGUGAGGUAGAUAUAUUGGACAAGAAGAAGACAGUGACAGCUCUAAAGCCUGGUGAAGAUCGGGCCAUUUUCCUGGGUCUCGGAAUGAUCCUCUCCUCUGUCAUGAUGUACUUUGUCCUGGGAAUCACCAUAUUACGCUCCUACGCAGACAGCGUGUGGACAGAGGAGGGUGUGUGUGUUGUUCUCAACUCUACGGUCACAGCAGACAUGAACUGUUCCUACAACUGUGGGUCAGACUGCUGGAGAGUCUCCAAAUACCCCUGUCUGCAGGUCUACGUGAGCGUCAAUAACACCGGCCGUGUCAGCCGUUUAUCUCACAAUGAAGAGACCCAGGACGCCAGCUCUGAAUGUUUCUAUGUGCCCAGGUGCCAGAAGGACAGCGUCGCCAUGCAUGCCAUGAUCAUGAAUAUCUCUGAUCGCCUGAAGGUGAACCAGCAGGUCCUCUGUUACUACGACCCCAGUGAGCAGCAGGAGACCGUUCUCCUGACCCGGCUGUACGAUCACAGCGUCGUCUUCCACUCGCUGCUGUGGCCCUCCUGUAUGCUCACAGGAGGGGCCCUCAUCAUAGUGAUGGUUAAGCUCACGCAGUACCUCUCCAGGCUGUGUGAAGAGAUAGGGAAGAUCAAGAGGUGA